GCAAACGCAGAAGAAGAGAAGACAACAACAAGAUGGCGGACAGUGCAUCCAGCAUCACUCCUGGACAGCUAGCAGCUCCAGAAGGCGAACAGCUGAAGUUAUCGGAGCUGUUGGACCGCGGCUGGAAGAUAUUAGAGGAGUUGGACAAUUCAACGGAACCGUUUGGACCGGAAACCAUCCGCCGCGUUCAGCGCGGGGUCAGCUUGUUGGAGCAGGCGGCCGGGAUGGUCGCUCAGCUCGAGCUGUUCAGCAGGAACGAGGAGCUGGAGGAGGUUUCCACGGCGGACCUGAAGUACCUGCUGCUGCCUGCCCUGCUGGGAGCGCUGCGGCUUAAACACAGCGGCCAGCAUCAGAGGCUCGAGACGCUGCGCGCGGCUCGGCUCUGCUUCAUGGACUUCCUGAAGAAAUGUCAGGAUUACAACGUCUGCCAGUUCCAGCUGCCCUCCGCUGCAAACGGCCUUUCUGAGGGCGACGCCCCUCCAGCCCAGUCUUCCUCCGCAGGCCCACCCAGCCUGGUUGCCAUGGCAGCCAAGAGGCAGUCUAAAAUCGAACGGUAUCGACAGAGGAAGGAGCUGGAGGCCAGACUGUCAGAGGUUCGCAGACUGGUGGAGAGCGGCCAGGCGGACGACGAGGCCAGCAGAGAGUUCUACCUUCUGAACAUCCAGCGGUGGGUCGGCGUGUCUCUGGAGGAGAUGGAGUCCAUCGACCAGGAGCUGGAGAUCCUGCAGAACAUGGACGCCCUGAAGCAGAGUUCUGCUCAUCCAGCGGCGCAGUCGUCCAGGAGGCCCAUGAAGCCCUUUGUCCUCACCAGAGAUGCUGUGCAGGCCCGCGUCCUCGGCGCCGGCUACCCCAGCCUCCCCACCAUGACGGUGGAUGACUGGUACGAGCAGCAUCGAAGACAAGGAGCCCUUCCUGAUCAGGGCGUUCCCAGGAGAGUCCCUGGGGAGGAGGACGUGGACGCCCAGGAGAGGGACGAAGAAGAAAAGGAGAAACAGGCUGAAAAUGAUGACCCAGCUGCUUUGCUGAAAGCCAGAAACUGGGAUGAGUGGAAAGAUGAACACCGUAGAGGAUAUGGAAACAGGCAGAACAUGGGCUGACCCACAACUCCGCACUGAUUGAAGCAGAAUCUCUGGAACUUUGAGCAGCUUGAAGAUCGGGGUGUCUGUCUUCAUUUUCUGUAGUUUGUUGGAACGUUGGAGCAGGAGGAACCGGUUCUAACCGGCUGAAUGUCUGUACGCAGCGUGGCCUCUGCAUGUUUGUUCAUUAUUCCUUCAAUAAAUCCUCUGGUGCCAUUGUUUUAGAA